AUGGUAUGUUAUAUGGAAAGGUUGGAGGAAUGGCUGCCAAAGGAGUUGGAGGAAUGGAAGAAAGAUCGGGUUUUUGCUCAGAUUUGUAAGUUGUACGAGAAUGGUUUGGGUUACUUGGCGAGAGUGAUACACAGCUUCUUGUGUAGGGAGCUGGUGACUUACAAAAACCAUGAGCUAUGGUUUGCCUUUGCGAGGAGACCACUCCGAUUUUCUUUGGUAGAGUACCACGCAGUUACCGGGCUUCAGUGCGAUACUAGUCUAUCACGUAAGGAGUUGGUUGACUUCGAAGAUGAUGGUGGUUUCUGGAGCACAGUGGUGAGGAGAAAAGAGGGAGUAACUAUCUUGGACCUGUGGAAGAAUCACCAUGAAGCUGUUAAGAAGUGGAGUAAUGUUGAUCGAAUAAGACAGGUGUAUAUGUGCAUCAUUGUUACUAUGGUUUGCGCGAGAGAUGAGAAGGCUAAUAUCCCCUUCAAGUAUAUCAAGUUGGUCAUGGAUCUUGAUAAUGUUCGAAAGUAUCCCUGGGGAGUUGCUUCUUUUGACCUUCUCUGUGAGUCAAUAGCUAAAACACGUGACAAACUGAAGGAGAAGACUACUAGUUACGUGUUAGAUGGCUUCUCCUACGCCUUGCAGAUUUGGGCAAUGGAAGCAGUACCAAAGAUUGGAAAGCUCUGUGGAAAAAAACUGGACAAGGGUUUUAUGAACGGUUCUAAAUGCGUAAACUGGAUGGGAGCUGCAAAGAUUUCAUACGGGAAUUUCAAUAGGUUGGAGAACAUCUUUACAUCCGAGGAUGACAUCUAUCCAUACAUCUCGUGGAGUGGGAAUUAUGAAGUGGUUGAAAAUGCUGCUUUUCACAGAGCUGAUGAGGUGGGGGGUGAUAGAAUUAAGGUUCUCAUGAGGAUGAUACGUACUAAGCAUCACUUCAGUGACCAUAUUUGGGAGUUCAUAGAGACACCAGAGUUUUUUUGGGGGCUUCAUGACAAACAAGGAGAGGAUGAUGAAGUAGCUGAGAAUGAUGAAUCAGCUCAGAAUGAUGAAUCAGCUCAGAAUGAUGAAGAAGCUCCCAAGAAUGAUGAAGAAGAUGGGAGUGAUGAAGAAUUUCGAACUCCAAGAGGAUCAGCGAAGAGAGGCUCCAGAGCUAGAAGGGAAAGAAGAGGCUCCCGGAUCGUGGAAUGGAAAAAAGGAAGUAAAAGGUUCUCUCUUCUAGACCACAACAGGCGUCGUUUAAUGAAGAUAUGA